AUGUCGGCGAUCGAGUGCAACCCCGCCGAGGUAUACUGGACAUCAAAGGGGCAUCAUGAAAUCUAUGCGGAAUACUGCAUGCCGGCUGCGGUGCAACAGGCAUUCUGGGACGCCGCCGGCGUAAUUGUUAUUGUCACGGACAUUUGUCUUUGGGUCUGCCCAAUUCCCAUGAUAUGGGGUUUACAGCUUCCCCAGCGACAAAAGUGGGCAGUCUCGGCAGUGUUUGCUCUCGGAGUGCUGGCUGCGUACGCUUCUACUACGUCCGACAACUAG